UAUUAUUUCCUAAACAUGGGGGACCAAACUGUUAAUUCUUACAUUUAUUCACCUCCUGCUGCUUCGUCUGCACGAAAACUUUGUUUUUACAGUGCUUUUACUCAUCCCCUUCUCAUUCAAGGUUUUCUUCUGCUAAAUUACUCUAAUUCUAGUUCAAUCGAUCGAUCCGCACAGAACCACAUCAUGGACGUGAGCACAGGCGAUAUCGAUGCUCCCCACUCGAUGGGUACCACAAUCAUCGGCGUCACCUACAACGGCGGGGUUGUUCUCGGAGCCGACUCUCGCACCAGCACCGGAAUGUAUGUGGCGAACAGGGCAUCGGAUAAAAUCACGAAGUUGACUGAUAAUGUGUACCUGUGUCGUUCAGGCUCGGCUGCAGAUUCACAGAUUGUUUCUGAUUAUGUCCGCUACUUUCUCCAUCAACACACGAUACAACUUGGGCAGCCUUCAACCGUCAAGGUUGCUGCAAACCUUGUCAGAUUAUUGUCUUACAACAACAAGAAUAUGCUGCAAACUGGUCUCAUUAUUGGUGGAUGGGACAAAUAUGAAGGUGGUAAAAUAUAUGGAAUACCUCUAGGAGGGACUAUCUUGGAGCAACCUUUUGCUAUUGGAGGAUCUGGCUCUUCGUAUUUGUACGGGUUCUUUGACCAGGCAUGGAAGGAAGGGAUGACCCAAGAGGAAGCUGAGCAAUUAGUGGUGAAGGCAGUCUCUCUUGCUAUUGCUCGUGAUGGUGCUAGUGGUGGUGUUGUUCGGACUGUGACUAUUAACUCAGAAGGGGUUACGAGGAAGUUUUACCCAUGCGACAAGCUGCCUCUGUGGCAUGAAGAGCUGGAGCCUCAGAACUCACUGUUAGAUAUUUUAUCGGCAGGCAUUCCUGAUCCAAUGGUCAGUUAGAUUAUGAUUUUGCUUGGCCAAAAUGUUAAGACAUAACUGGUCGUUGGAAACACUCAGAUUGCAUGGGAUGACUGUAAUGUUUUUUUUUUUUUUUUUUUUUUUUUUUUCUCUUGAAGCAUUUUGCUCUUUCUUGCAUCAAAUUUCUGUUUCAAUUGUUGAAACUUGAUUGUGUCCAAUAUCUUCGAUUUGCAACUUGGCAUAAAGCAGAGACCCUUCAUUACCAA